GGCUUGGCUGUUAUUACACAGUUUCUAUAUUUACUUCUUGUGUCUGUUCCUGACUGCCUGACUAAAAUUACAAUGUCGAAAAUAUGAAUAUCGUUCCAUUAUCUUAUUUUGACAAAUGGUAAUACAAUUGAUAAUUUUACAGCAAAAAUUAAUAACUAACACUUAAUUACUGCACACGUCAGGAGCAUUUCAUGCUUUGCAUACAGGCAGUUACUUGUACAACUAAAUGAAAUGAACGUCAGAGGACCCCGCGAGAAAGCAGUGGAAUUCAAAAUUUCAAAACAAACCCGAGAGUGUUGUUUUAUAAUGCAAGUGUUUACUCUGAGCUAGCUGACUGUUACAGACACAGCCCAGUUCCUCAUUUGAACUUUAGUAAUAACAUGGACGCAGAUGAAAAGCACGACUCCAGUACUAAUGACAAAUCGGUGGAUAUUCCUAAACCGCCGUCAAUCGAGGAUUUCAUCGUUUUGAAGCCCAUCAGCCGCGGUGCUUUUGGCAAGGUCUACCUCGCACGGAAGAAGUGCAAUGCGCGAUUAUACGCCAUUAAGGUGAUGAAGAAAGCAGACAUGGUUGAUAAAAAUAUGACGGGUCAGAUGAAGGCAGAGAGAGAUGCACUUGCUCUGAGCAAAAGCCCUUUUGUGGUUCACCUGUUUUACUCCCUUCAGACAGCCACCAAGAUUUAUCUGGUAAUGGAAUACCUUAUUGGUGGAGAUGUCAAGUCUCUGCUUCACAUCUAUGGGUAUUUUGACCAGGAUAUGUCUGUAAAAUACAUUUCAGAGGUUGCGUUGGCUUUGGACUAUCUCCAUCGCCAUGGUAUAAUCCACAGGGACUUGAAGCCAGACAACAUGCUGAUAUCCAACAAAGGUCACAUCAAACUAACAGACUUCGGCCUUUCUAAAGUCAAGCUUGACAGAGAGCUGAGUCUUAUGGAUAUCCUUACUACUCCAUCCUUGGCUAAACCAAAAAAAGAUUACUUCCGCACCCCGGGUCAAGUCCUUUCCUUAAUCAGCUCCCUUGGAUUUAAUACACCUGCAGGAGAAGGCAAACGUCACUGCAGCGCAUCUGCUGUGUCCAGUCCCAUGUCCUGUGGCAAAAUAAAACGGAAAAACAACUCUCUGGGUUCUCCCUUGAUGAAGAAAAAAGAUCAGCUGUACUCUCCGACUCGCUACCCUUGGAAAAUGGGACCAAACAACAUUGUGUUUAGUCCUCAUAACCUGGCGAAAAAUCUGACUCCCACACUGCUGAAGACCAGGAAGAGGUUUGAGACGAUGAGUGCAGGCAGCACCACCGACACUGAAGGUGGCAUCAGUCCACUGUGGGAGUGUGAGGAGAAAGAAAAUGAACAUACUAAUGAACAGAAGGGGAAAGGACACUCAGAGUCCAAAGGGCCUGAACAGGACUGUACGUCCACAAAACAAGACACAUUUGGCUUCUCUGCUAAGGCCACCAGCAAUCGGUCAAAAAAGUCAAAUCCAGAUCAUCUUUCAGGAAAGAGGCCUCACACCAACAAACCGGGGUCUGUUUCCACAGCUCGGGAGGACUUUUGUCCAUCAGCCUCAUCUGUAAAGAGAACAUUUUCUGAUGUUGAGGGAAGUCCCGAGCCAUUGGAGAUCCAAGCCAAGAAGAGUAAUGCACACUACAAGAGAUGCUACGAGAUUCCAGAAGAAACUGCAAGGUUUCACACUGGCCUGACCGGAACAUUUUCCACCAUCCAAAUAGGUGACUUCAUGGCUUCCACUGAGGGGAUUGGGUUAGCUGAAGACCGGGUCCCAAAUCGCUCCAGUCCCAUUGUUGUGGCCAAGAGUCUGUUUUCUGAACUGGAAGAGCCGAUAGAGGAUGUGUUUGACGACGGAGCCAAAGACUUGUCACAUUCAAGUUUCACAUCACCAAUUGCUGGGAACAGUGACAUUUGCAGGAGCUUGAGCCUUGACUCUGACGGGUCUAUGCAUGAAACGUCUCUCACUAUUGACAGCCAUGCAUCUCUCAAGCCAAACAAGUGUUCCAAAAUCAGGAAUUCAGCAUCAUUUGAGGAGCAAGACUCAUCCAUCACUGAAUCACUCCCACAAACUCUAUCUGCUGUUACUACUGAAACACCCAAACUUGGUAACUUUGGCCGGAGAGAUGAAUCUCAGUGUUCCUUUCUUAACCGGCUGCCUGAUCUGGCCUGCGGUGUUACACAGUCCCCCUCGUUUCUCAAGCCACGAAAUGUUGUAGCUUUCCGUAGCUACUGUAGCUCCAUUAACCGCUCCAACAUGUCGGGGGUGUCCCGACUUAGCAUCGGGUCUGUUGAGGCUAUGGAACUGUCCACAACAGCUUCUUAUCACUCUACGUCUGGCACUGCAACACCAGUGCAGAAAAGACCCAACUCCAACAGCUCUCUCUAUCAGACUCCUCAGUCCAUGUCGACCUCUCACACCCCUUUCAGGACUCCAAAGAGUGUCAGAAGGGGUGCGCUGCCUGUUGAGGGUGCACCCAUUUUAGGAACUCCUGACUAUUUGGCUCCAGAGCUUCUUUUGGGAAAACCACACGGACAUUGUCAGUGUGACUUCAUGGUGGACUGGUGGGCGCUAGGUGUGUGUCUUUUCGAGUUUCUCACAGGUGUGCCACCUUUCAACGACGAGACGCCUCAGCUGGUCUUCCAGAAUAUACUCAACAGAGAUAUUCCCUGGCCUGAGGAAGAAGAGGAACUGUCUGUAAACUCAAGAAAUGCGAUUGAAAUCCUCCUGACCAUGGACAUGACAAAACGAGCUGGUCUAAAGGAACUCAAGUGUCAUCCCCUGUUUGACGGCUUGGACUGGGACAACCUGCAGAACCAGCCGAUGACUUUCAUACCUCAGCCAGAGGACGAAACCGACACCUCAUACUUUGAGGCAAGAAACAACGCUCAGCACAUCGCUGUGUCCGGCUUCAGUCUAUAGAGUUACAAACAUUAACAGUUGAGUUUUAUUAAAGCAGCAGUCAACACAUUCUAGCUGUUGAUGAGAAUGUGUUGUGUGUUGAUGAAUCACUUGCUUUCAUUGUGAAAAACUCAAAAAAAUCAGAUCCAUUAUACAAAUGAAUACACAGGAAUGAUAUGGAUUCUGAUUCUCUGUUCAAGGUUGUAUUAUUUUUAACAAGCAUUUUACGAAUGUGCAAUCACCGGUCAUAGGAGCCAGAAAAAAGCUGAAUCUGUUGACUGCUCAGUUAGUUUAGAGUAUGCGUUGUAGAAAGUAAAUUUAUUUUAAAACUUAUUACCAUAUUAUAUAGUUAUGUCUCUUAAAUUAAGUUUCUUCUACUAGCAAAGUACUAUUUGCUACUGCUUUUCCUUUUGAUAGGCUUUGAUGUCUGUGUUGUUAUGGUGUUAUAUUGAUUAAACAAAAUAUUUAAGUUUAUGUAACGCUCCAGUUUUUGCUGCACUGUUCAUCAUUGUAAGGUUCCCCUGCUGUUAGUAGACUGGGUGGGCAGGCCCCCUGAAUUCUCUCCUUCAGUUCUACAGUACUGCUGAAGAAAAGCAUGCUAAUAUAUUCACGAAUAAUGUAUUUUAUAUGUAAAUCUUGUUGCAAACAUUUAGUUUUGUUGUUUUAAGACAGGAAUAGUUACUUGGUAUUCUAAGAGGACUGUUUUUUUGCUGCUUUUAUGUCAUUAGUAUUUGUAAUUUUCACACUACUAGGUUUUUAGAUAAGUUCACUAAGUUAGGCUCCCUGCUACCUAUGAAAUUUUAUCUUGUUCACUCUAUGAAAAACGUAAAAUACAAAUAAAAUGUGUUUGUAACAUGA